AUGACGACGCACAAAGAUAGUGUUCGCUCGUGUCCCACGCUUCCGAUCUCUUUCGCCAUCGCAGCCGCGUGGGAUGGCGCCUCCAAGACCCCAGCCCGAUGCCUUCUGGACCCCAGCCCGUCGCCUUCGCUUUCCACGCCUGUCGCCUUCACUUCCCCUCCCCCGUCACCUUCACUUCCCCUCCCCCCGUCGCCUUCACUUCCCCCCACCCCGUCGCGCAACAUUCCCCCUCCCGUCGCCUUUCCCGCCCGUCGCCUUCGCUUCUCCCGCCCGUCGCCUUCCCUUCCUCUACCCAUCGCUCUCGCUUCCCCCGCCCGUCGCACUCGCUUCCCCUGCCCGUCGCACUCGCUUCCCCCGCCCGUCGCACUCGCUUCCCCGCCCGUCGCACUCGCUUCCCCGCCCGUCGCACUCGCUUCCCGGCCCGCGCUUCCCCCGCCCGUCGCUCUCGCUUCCCCCGCCCGUCGCACUCGCUUCCCCCGCCCGUCGCACUCGCUUCCCGCCAGUCGCACUCGCUUCCCCGCCCGCGCUUCCCCCGCCCGUCGCACUCGCUUCCCCCGCCCGUCGCACUCGCUUCCCGCCCGUCGCCACCACUACCCCUCCCAUUGCCGUUCACUCUCUCCAUCUCACGCUCUCCCCCUCGCUCACUCGCUUGCCCACCCGCAAUCUCUUCUCUCCUGCUCACUCCCCUCCCCCCUGCUCACUCUCUUCCCCCCUGCGCACUGCACACUCUCUUCCCACCCCCCUUACUCUCUUCCCCCCUACGCACUGCACACUCUCUUCCCACCCCCCUCACUCUCUUCCCGCCCGUCGCACUGCACACUCUCUUCCCACCCCCCACACUCUCUUCUACCCUGCGCACUGCACACUCUCUUCCCACCCCCCACACUCUCUUCUCCCCUGCACACUGCACACUCUCUUCCCACCCCCCUCACUCUCUUCCCCCCUGCGCACUGCACACUCUCUUCCCACCCCCCACACUCUCUUCUCCCCUGCGCACUGCACACUCUCUUCCCACCCCCCACACUCUCUUCUCCCCUGCGCACUGCACACUCUCUUCCCACCCCCCUCACUCUCUUCCCCCCUGCGCACUGCACACUCUCUUCCCACCCCCUUUACUCUCUUCCCCCCUACGCACUGCACACUCUCUUCCCACCCCCCUCACUCUCUUCCCGCCCGUCGCACUGCACACUCUCUUCCCACCCCCCUCACUCUCUUCCCCCCUGCGCACUGCACACUCUCUUCCCACCCCCCUUACUCUCUUCCCCCCUACGCACUGCACACUCUCUUCCCACCCCCCUCACUCUCUUCCCGCCCGUCGCACUGCACACUCUCUUCCCACCCCCCACACUCUCUUCUCCCCUGCGCACUGCACACUCUCUUCCCAACCCCCUCACUCUCUUCUCCCCCAUCCGUGUUCACUCUCUUUCCCCUUUUUUUCUCACCCCUCUGCCCCGUCCACAUCCAACCCUCGCUUAUCUGCCAUACCCCCUCUUCCAUCCCCGUUCUAUCACAGAACCAUGCUUGAACAGGUGCCCACCACCAUGA